UUUGACCCUAGACCUUGUGGGGUUGAUCGGGGCUUGAAUCUGCCACCUUUCACCGCUUGGCCCAAUGUGUGGUCCCAACCGAAGGAUAUGGUUGACCUGCCCUUCCUGCUUCCCCACUGUAAUUUUAAUGGAGAAGGGAGUGUACCACCCUGAAAAGAGUGUUGAUCUGCAGCAGCAAAUUAUGACCAUUGUAGAUGAGCUGGGCAAGGCCUCUGCUAAGGCCCAGCAUCUUCCUGCUCCCAUAACCAGUGCAUCCAGGAUGCAGAGUAAUCGCCACGUUAUGUAUAUACUCAAAGAUACUUCAGCUCGACCGGCUGGAAAAGGAGCCAUUGUUGGCUUUCUUAAAGUUGGAUAUAAGAAACUCUUUGUACUGGAUGAUCGUGAGGCUCACAAUGAGGUAGAACCACUUUGCAUCUUGGACUUUUACAUCCAUGAAUCACUUCAACGCCACGGCCACGGACGAGAACUCUUCCAGCAUAUGUUGCAGAAAGAGCGAGUUGAACCACACCAACUGGCCAUUGACAGACCCUCCCAGAAGCUGCUGAAGUUCCUGAAUAAACACUACAACCUGGAGACCACCGUCCCACAGGUGAACAACUUUGUGAUCUUCGAAGGCUUCUUUGCCCAUCAGCAUCCUCCAGCAAGGAAGCUGCCACCCAAGCGAGCAGAGGGAGACAUAAAGCCAUACUCCUCUAGUGACCGAGAAUUUCUGAAGGUAGCUGUGGAGCCUCCAUGGCCCCUGAACAGGGCCCCUCGCCGUGCGACUCCUCCAGCCCACCCACCCCCUCGCUCCAGCAGCCUGGGAAACUCACCAGAACGGGGCCCCCUCCGCCCCUUUGUGCCAGAGCAGGAGCUGCUGCGUUCCCUGCGCCUCUGCCCCCCACACCCCACCGCCCGCCUUCUGCUUGCUACUGACCCUGGGGGCAGCCCUGCCCAGCGGCGCCGCACCAGGUAACAGGAGCUGGAGAGUUAGGGAGCCUCAGGACUGUCAGGGCAGUUAGAAAUGGCAGAGGGCAGUGUAAAUCAGAGACAUGAAGCAGUGGGACAGGAGGAUUGGAGACUCCUAAGACGUUUUGAGAAUAUACUGGAAGAUACGUGUGGAAAUGGUCUGGAAAUAAAUUACAGUUAAGGAGCAAAAUAGGACUUCGGGGGAGCCUAGGGACACUAGUGCCUAGAGGAAGGUUAGAAAGAACGCAGACCCACUGGUGGGAGGGGGCGGGAAAUUGUGGUUUAACACUUGCUGGGAGGGGGCAGGGUCUCUGACAGCCUGGGGAGCCACUGGCCCCGGCUCAGUGCCUUGUGUGGCAGGAGCCCACCCCGGCAGGCAGGGACUGGGCCUCUCCUUUAUUUCUCUCCCCAGCUUUCUCUUCACCUCUGACUUCUCUUUCUGUUUUUCUCUCCCCUCCAUUUUCCCUCUCCCCCUCUCCUGUCCAUAACAUCCUUCCCCAGUUCCCUUCCCCGCUCUGAUGAGAGUCGAUACUGACAGACUGCUAACCCCCCUCCCCUCCCUGGGAGACCUGGCGAGGGUGGAGACCCUUCUCCCUGAGAACCCCAGACCCAGUCUCCCACUGCAUCCCCCAGCAUCUAGGGGGACUUGACAAGAACCCGUAGGAUUCCCUUUACCCCUUUCUUGGACAACUGGGUGGUCAGGGUCCCAGGUGGCCUAACACUUCAUAGCUUUUCUUACCACAGAAAGCAGCCCUUCUCUCCUAACUUGGGCUCUGAACACUCCCACAGACAGCCCGAUUUGCUGCCAGGCCUCUUGGUUGGGCAGCUCAUACUAAUUAUCCAGAGAAGCACACUCUUGCUUGCUGUCAGAUUCUAGAACAUCAUGGAAAGUCCAAAGGCCUCCUCUGCCAGGGAAACCUUUGUAAAAGAGUCUUGUGCAUGGAAUAACUCCUGUAGUCCCUCUACACUGUCUGCUGGUAGCUCUAAUACUGCUUUGUGCUACCGGCUGCAGCUACCCUAUCAGCCUGCUGACGCCAACCACUGAACGAACUGUGCUUCAUAGCAGUCCAGUCAGGUAGGACAGGGACUUACCAGCUCCCCACGGGAUCCACUCAACAUUGCCAAACUCUUAAUCUCCACAUUUCAUGUAUGUGUUAAUCUGUCGGGACCCCUGAGCUGAUGUCUGCUGUGGGACUCUAGAUUCAUCACGCUUCUAUAGAUACUACCACCUCCCUAGGUCCAGGUUCUCUGAAGGAGUCUGUUUCUUGGCAGUAGAUCCCAACCAACACCCUGGGAUCACUCUUAGCCAAGUUUCAGCAGCUAAGCCUGAGUUUCAAGGCUCUUUUAGCUCCUGGAAUACCCUCUCACAUCCAUCCCUCCCCGGUAGCUAGAUAUACUGAUAGAUUCCUGUCUUGUGAGAUUGUCUUGAUGAUGAUGGGGGAACUCUUCCUCUGGCCUUCCUCUCUUCUUUCCUCCAUAGCAAGAAUCCUCCCCUGCUCCAUACCCAGGCUAUAGAAAUCCUUUCCCUCCCUACCCUCUGGAUGUGUGCUAGUUCAGGUACCCCACUGUGUUCCCCCAAAUCCUUGGGAGCAGGAUCUCCCUCUUUUCUGACUCACUCCUCCUUUUUCUUCUCCCUCUCAGUGUUGUCUGAAUAAAGCGUGAACUCUUUUGUGUUUUUUAAAUGGACAUUUUCAAUGAAAAAAAAACAAAAAACAAACCUUAAGGUCUCAGCCUCGUUUGUGCGUCACCCUGUAUUUUCCUGGGCUCUCAGGACAUCUGGCCCACUUCUUCACCUCUGAGAUCUGCAGAUCUUCCAGCAAGGAGGCUUAGAGCUCCCCUCGCAGGAUCUGGUGUCUGCCUGUCCCCAUCUUCACUGCUGGAUUUUCUCCUGCAGAUUCUGUCUCCUCUAAUGUAGACACUGGAUCCCUCCAUUUAGGCUUCUGUAUCUGUUCCUCCAUUCUCUCCAGAAACCUCUAGCUCUCCCUCUAGUAACUCCUACUGUUUACCCCGGGCCAGCCCUUGCUGAGAUGUUAAGAUUUACUAACAUCUCUAGGAGCCAAUUAAUUGCCUUCUGAUAACAAUCCCCUAAUUGUUUCUUGGAUUAUUCUUCUCUAAACCCUUGGAUCUCUUUCUCAAGACAAUCCUUUUCCUAAAUUCAGCCUUGCCACUCCCUCUUCCCCUCUGGCUAAGGUAUCCCAUAAUUAAGGUAAACGUGUUUUCCAACUCAAAACAUCAGAGCACCUGGUUCAGCAAAAUUUUGCCUUUAUGUGAAUCCAUUUUUUGUUUUUGGCUGCACUGUGUAGCUUGUGGGAUCUUAAUGUCCCAACCAGGAAUGGAACCUGUGCCCCCUGCAGGGGAAGCACAGAGUCCUAGCCACUGGACCACCAGGGGAUUCUCCUGAAUCUUUUUAUAACAUGAUUUCGAUCACAGUUAACCUUAUGGUUAACACAUUGCCUCAAC